AUGCGAUCGUUCGGCGAUUCCCCGUUCGUGAUGCAGUCGUUGUGCUCGUUUCAGGAUUCCGCUCACCUCUACCUCGUGAUGGACUUCAUGCCCGGCGGCGACUUGUUCCAGCUCCUCGUCAACGGCACCGAGAAGGGCGUAUUCGCCCCUCCCGCCGCGGUGUUCUACGCCUCCGAGGUUCUCCUCGCCCUCGAGUACCUCCACGGGCGGGGGUACGUGUAUCGCGACCUCAAGCCCGAGAACAUCCUCAUCGACGGCGAAGGCCACCUCAAGCUCGCCGACCUCGGGUUCUGCAAGCCCCUGCGACCGGGCGAACGGACGUACACCACGUGUGGCACGAGCGACUACAUGGCGCCGGAGGUGAUGCUGUCGCAGGGGUACGACCGGUCCGCGGAUUACUGGGCGUUUGGCGUCUUGGUCUUCGAGAUGCUGGCGGGGUACGCGCCGUUCCAGGCCAAGUCGGAUUCGCAGCGCCACCGCAGGAUCCUCACCGCGGACCUGCGGUUCAAGGACGGGUUCCAGCUCCGCGCCAAGGACCUGGUGAGCAAGCUGUGCGUCGUGGACACCAGCAGGAGGCUCGGCAUGCUCUCCGGCGGCGUCGACGACAUCAAGCGCCACGCGUUUUUUCACGAGCGGGGCAAGACGGAUUGGGCGGCGAGGGCGCGGCGCGAGGCGACGCCGCCGCUCAUGCCGGUGAUCCGUCGCGCGGAGGAGAUGACGCGGGGAGAGGCGCUCAAGUCGGUGGCGCGGGCGACCGCGGCGGAGGCGCCGUCACCCGCAUCGGACAGGGUGUUCAGCGAGUACUACUAG